AUCUAGAAAGAUUACCUAGACAUCAAAACAAAUGAUAAAGUGAAGAAUAGUGUGGAAAAUAGAAUUCAUAAAUAUAAAAGAAAUACUAAUCUUAUAAACAUUAAAGCAUAUUCUUAAAGGUCAUCUUUUAAGUCUAUUUAACAUCCUAAAUAAUGUUAGAACAAACAAUGCAAGCUUUAUCAACAAGUAGAGUCAUUUUAGCUAGUGGUUCUCCUAGGCGACAUGAGAUAAUAAACAAAUUGGGUAUAAAUGCAGAAGUAGUACCUUCAACUUAUGAUGAAAACUUAGAUAUAUCCGCAUAUAAGAAUUACGGAAAAUAUGUUCAGGAUUUAGCAAAAUAUAAAGUACAAGAAGUAUUCAACAGAUUAAAAGAAGAUAUUGUACCACCUUCUUUAAUAAUUGGUGCAGACACUAUGGUUGCAAUGGGUGAUGUAAUUUAUGGAAAACCAAAAAAUAAGACGCAUGCAUUUGAAAUGUUAUCAAGUCUAGCAGGAAAAGAACAUACAGUUUAUACGGGUGUAUGUUUAAAAACACCUAAGACAGAAAAAAAUUUUUAUCAAUCUACAAAAGUAACAUUUGGAAAUAUAUCAGCAGAGCAAAUAGAAACAUAUAUUAAAUCUGGAGAACCUUUUGAUAAGGCUGGAGGAUAUGGUGUGCAAGAUAUGGGUGGUUGCUUUAUUGAAAAAAUAAAUGGUGACUUUUAUACUGUAAUGGGUAUGCCAUUAUAUUCGUUAACAAAGCAUUUGAAUGAAAUUUUCUCCAACAAUUAAUAUUUUAAUUUGUUA